AAAUAACGUCAGUUCAAUGAAGCGUUUUCGACUAUUUGGAAUAUCUUUCAUUUUCAGUACAAUAUCAAUUCAAACUCGCUGGACAAAAUUUAUAUAAAUACACAAGGUGUCAUCUGUGUCAAGUAAGAAUCUCGGAGAGUUCUAUUUAACAAGAGGGAUGUGAUUGUGGAAUUUGUUUCUUUUCGUAUUCAGAUUUAAUAAUCUACAUAUGGAGACGACGAUGUUGGUGUGCCUCGUAUUGGCAGCGUCUUUGUUACCGGAACAUAUACUAGCUGUUCCCAUAAACCGGGAGAAUUUUGGUCUGGGAUGCGAACGAGAAGUAUCGACAAAGGGAGAUAACUACUAUGUGCUGAUAGUGUUUAAUACAAAGAUUGAUAUGCCGUGUCCCCCUGGUACCUUGUACAACAAGGAUCUGUGCGACUGUGAUCACUCCUCCGCGGGUCAGAUAAAAAAUACACCAGCGGUGACACUGCCAAAUACUACGCCCAAGACAACACCACAAACAACCUCUGUGUCAAUGACAGCAACGCCUAAGCAGCCAUUGGUGUCGAAAACAAUAUCGUCUUCAACGACGAAAUCCUCGACAGUAAAGACACCAACAACGACAACGACAGCAACAUCUACAACAAGAGCAACGACACCAACAACAACAGAAAUGUCAUCAACAGAGAAAACAACAACGAUGAAGCCAACAACAACGACAGCGACAACAGUGCAAACCACAACUAAAACUGCCGUUACUUCCACCACGGCAGAGCCACCUACAGUAUAUAAAACUCAUCAGUCGGAAACAACAAAGGCGGCUACCAAGGCCCCGUCAACAACGGGAAAGACAACACCCAUGGAUGUGUCCUUGUCAACAGAAUCCACAAUUCCGGCAUGUCCAUACAAAGCCGACGGGAAUGGGUUUAUAGAGAACGUUCCCGGUUUCGGAGAUAUCUACAGCGAAUGUGGCAGUGGACUGGUAUUCAGUGCGACCAGAUGCGGAUGUGUCAAAAAGGGGUCAAUCACUGGUACAACUACACCACCUGUUACCACAGAAAUCGUGUGUCCAUACAGGAGACAGGGAACGGGAUACGUGGAGGAUAUUCCGGGUAUAGGCAAGGUGUGGCAUAGCUGCGGAAAGGACGAGCUUUUUAUGAACGCUGCAUGCCAGUGUGUUUCGAAAGAGUACGUGACGGGGACAGAACCAACGACGACUGAGAAGCCCUCAACCACACCAGCUACACCAAAGACUACCCCGGUUAUCAUCACUUCCACAAUCACCACCCCUGGUAACAUUGCUCGUUGUAAUGACCGUAUCAAAGAGGCAAAUGGAUACAAAGAAUACAAUGACGUCAUCAUGGAUUGGGUAUUUUACGAAUGUUCUGCCUCUUGGGUGUUCAGUCUCAGCCGUUGCGACUGUGUUGAUCCAGGAACAAACCCUAAUCCUCCACCUGGGCCACCUAAAGAUUGUACCAAUUUUGAGAUCAAAGGAACAGGAUACAUUGAGCACAUUCCUAAUGUAGGAGCCGUGUAUAAUAAUUGUCCUCCAAACCAACUGUUCAGCCUGACGUUAUGUGAAUGUACCGGUUCAGGUGGUACAGGUGGCACGGGAGGAAACACGGAUAUUAUCAGAAUAACGGACGCAAACAAAAUUGAUUGUGGGUUCGUGGCACAGGGCGACGGGUAUACAGAAAAUAUCCUGGGGGUCGGUGAUGUAUAUUAUACAUGUGUCAGUAACCACAGAUUUGUCACUGGGUUGUGUCGAUGUAUCGAUAAAGGUAUCACGAUUAUAGACGAAACAUCCAACAACGCAGUCCCUCAAUCAUCUACAGUGAGUUUGAGUACAGCAGUCUCCAAAUCAGAUAUUUCGACAACUCCUUCUAUCGUUUCCAGCACAUCAGUCACUGAUGGAUUGCAAUGUAAAGAUCGAAAGAAAUCUGGAAACGGAUAUUUAGAAUAUUUCGAAUCAUUGAGUGACUGGGUAUUCUUUGAGUGUUCUACCACCCAAGAAUUUAGCAUCGCUGAAUGUGACUGUGUCUCUACAGGAAGACAUGUUGCCACCCAAAGUCCUAAAACAGAUUGUAACAUUGAAGCAAAAGGGAAUGGAUUCAUAGAGAACAUACCUGGGGUAGGAGCUGUAUAUAGCGAUUGUCCAUCCACACAGAUAUUCUAUUCUUCAUUAUGUGCAUGUGGAGCUCCUGGAUCUGGAAAAAAUCAUGAUGUCAUCACAAUAACAGACCAAAACCGAGUACGAAAUUGUGCCUUUGAAGAACGUGGAGAUGGAUUCGUUGAACAUGUCGUUGGGGUUGGCCUGGUUUAUCACGACUGUCCCGGAAGUGACCGGUUUGUUUCCGCUUUAUGCAAGUGUGUAGACAAAGAUACUAAAAUAGUUGACAACUCUUCUCCGCUGAAGACAACAUCUGGUACAACGACUAAGGUAACGCCACCUAUAACCACAGUGACCCCACCACCUCCUACUGGACAAACGGUAACGAGAAAAGUUACCUCAACACCGCCACCUAUAACCACAGUGACCCCGUCAACUACCACUAAUCAGGUGGUCACCAAUAAAGAUUGCAUUUACGAACAAGUACCUGGUGAGAAGCGCGAGUUCCGUACACCAAUGACGUGGAUGCCAGGACAAUACAUGUACUUUUCGUGUAAUAUAGGCCAGGAAUUCGACGUUGUUGCAUGUAGCUGCAUAGAUGAAAAAGUCACGACCACACAACCGAUUAUUAACACAGAUUGCCCCUUUCUUCCGUCUGCUAUCGGAGACAACUAUUUUCGCUUCUUGCUUUUCGGGAUUGGAUGGGUCGAGUUCAGCUGUGCAAUGGGUCAAAGAUAUGACUACAGUAAAUGCAUAUGUGUAACGAGAACCUAACAUGAGCAAUUGAAAGCCUGAAUAUUCCGUCCUGCCAGAGAAGAAAAGGUGUGUGUCGUUCGUCGGAAAUCCAAUCCUAGUGCCAGCAAACUCAGCUGUUUGAUAAGUUAUACAUUGUAUUUGUGCUGUGCUUGCUUUGUAUAUCAUUUGUGCCUUAACGAUCUUUUGUGUAAUAGUAUCACUUCUUAAAACGAUAUGAAUACCAACGUAUUUUGUUUUAAUAUCAAUGGCGAAAGGAGCAGAAUAGUGUAUAUUGUUGUUUUAAGACCACCUAAAAAAUAACGCCAUAUACUUACAUGCCGUGCUGAACUUUACAUAUGUCGUUAAUAAAAACGUAUAAAAUUUA